GUCUGCUCUGGAACCUUACUGGUCGUUGUGGGCAGCAGGUCAGGGAGGGAAACAUGCCGGAACCGCACCAACCAGCGGCAACAUGGAGGAGAAGUGGUUGGAGACAGUAAUCUCUCAGGGGUGUGUCCGGGGGAAAGUCACCUACCAGGAAACAUUGGACGCUCUUCACAGGAUGAACGUCGCGGUUGAUGCCGUCCACGCCAGAUCCCUAUUUAAGCCGGGCUUUUCCCAUAUCAUUGCUCCUCAGCAGGAACGGGAUCCUAACAGAACUGGAUUCAUUAGCACCGAUGCCUUUAGGUCCAUCUAUGAGGCCUUCGUCUACAGAAAAGAGCUGGUGGAUAUAUUUAAGCAACUCUCCACCAGCCGACGGCUUCUCCCCCCAAAGAAGCUUGAAGACUUCCUGCGGACGGAGCAGCAUGAGGCGGGCGCGGAUGGAAAGAAAGUGGCAGAACUGAUAGAGAAAUAUGAGCUGUCUAUUGAAGCCAGGAGAGACAACUACAUGACGCUCCAUGGCUUCAUCAGGUUUAUGACCUCAGAAGAUAAUCACAUAUUUCGGAGGGAGCACAACCAAGUCUAUCAGGAUAUGACUCACCCACUAAGUGACUACUUCAUCUCCACCUCCCAUAACACCUACCUGAUAUCCGACCAGCUGGUAGGACAGAGCCACCUCUGGGCCUAUGGCAGCGCUCUGAUGAGAGGCUGCCGCUGCGUGGAGAUAGAUUGCUGGGACGGAGUGGACAAUGAGCCGGUUGUGUAUCAUGGAUUUACUUUAACCAGCAAAAUUUUGUUUAAGACAAUCAUCUACGUCAUCGAGAAGUACGCCUUCGUGGCCUCGCACUAUCCGCUCAUCCUCUCCCUGGAGAAUCACUGCUCCCCCAGACAGCAGGAGGUGAUGGCGAAUCAUCUAAUCGCCAUUCUCGGAGACAAGUUACUCACUGCGCCCGUCACUAACUCAUCCGCCACACUUCUGCCGUCCCCUGAGGCUCUCAGAGGUAAGAUCCUGAUAAAAUAUAAGAAGACAGAGCCUCCUUGGGACCCCCCCCUGAGCCCGUCUCGCCCCAGUACGCAGGGUCAGGUGUUGGAACAUGUGGAGGAGUUGGGAGACGAUGAAUCUGGAGAUGAGGAACCAACCAAGAGUCUUCUGCCUUUGAAGAUGAACCUUCUGAAGAAUAAGAAAGAGCCAAAGUCAAAACUGAAGGUAAAACAGCCAAUCGCAGCGCUGCUCUCCGAUCUCGUCAUUUACACCAAGUCUCAGAACUUUGUCAGUUUCCAACAUUCCAGAGAAAAUCAGAAGUUCUAUGAAAAUAAUUCUCUGUCGGAGAGGAAGGCGCAGCGGCUGGCGCGGGGAUCAGGCCAGGAAUUUAUCGCUCACACCAUGAAGUUCCUCACUCGGAUCUACCCCAAGGGAACCAGGGCCUCAUCCUCUAACUUCUACCCACAAGAGUUCUGGAACGUGGGCUGUCAGAUGGUGGCUUUAAACUUCCAGACCCCGGGAAUUGCCAUGGAUAUGGAAGGAGGAAAGUUCCUGGACAAUGGAAGAUGUGGAUAUGUUCUGAAGCCGGAAUUUCUACGGAGUGCAAAAUUCUGCUAUGAUCCAUAUGAUCUGAGACGUUGUCCAAUGCUCCUCUCUAUUAAGGUGAUCAGCGGUUCGCUCUUACCUCCGUGCAGUUUAUCCACGAGUAACACAGCGGACCCCGUCGUUAUCCUACAGAUCUAUGGCGCUCCGCGGGAUGAAUGCAGCAAGCAAACCCAAGUCAGGAGAAGUAAUGCUUUUAACCCUCAGUGGAACCAGACGAUCACAUUCUCAGUGCAGGUUCCGGAGCUGGCGCUGCUGAGGUUCUGCGUUCAGGACCAGCUGACGCUCAUUUCCAAUGAAUUCCUGGGACAGUACACACUCCCGUUACGCAGCAUCAGUAGAGGAUAUCGUCACGUUCCGCUGCUGAAUAAACACGGUCAGAGCAUCGUUCCAGCCUCUCUGUUCGUGCACAUCUGGUUCAACUAAUCUUCACCGUACGCUCCCGUCGGUGCACGUGUUACCAUCAAUCUUCACAUGUGGUACCACCAAUCUGCACCAUGCCACCAUAACCUCCCAUCAGUGCACGAGGUACCACCAAUCUGCACCAUGCCACCGCAACCUCCUGCCGGUGCACGAGCUACCACCAAUCUGCACCGUACUACCAUACCAUCUAUCUAUACCAUGCCACCGUAACAUUCUGUUCCUCAGCUUUAAUAAACUAGCAGCCACCUGAUACUGUA